AGUAUUUCUGAGUAUUUCUCAGCCUCGUGGCGCUUACAAAAUUACCAAACUGCCCUUCACGGCAUCUUGCGGUUGCGGAUGAUGCGCUGAGACACAGACACAGACUCCGACUCCGAUUCCGACUGCCCAUCAACUAGAUGACGAUGAUGAUGUUGCUGAUGUUGAUCUCCAAGAUUAUUUACCCACACGUCAAACCACAAGCUGAUGCUCAGCUGUCAGUCAAAGCCAAAAGACAAUGGACAAAUACUGAAACCAAAAAGCAAACCAAAACCAAAAUCGAUACGAAAACCGUUUCCAAAAAACUAAAUGCUCUAAUCGCUGCGCAACCGCUGCGAUUAUUGGCAUUGAUAUGAGAUCCAAACUGAUUUGUUUACGCAUCUCAGUUGCGUUCGCUUAAGUACACAGAUCGCAAUAAAUUUGUAUUGCGAGGUGUGUGCAAAUCAUUGUUGAAUGGCAAAAACAAAUUGAUGCAAUAACUGGGAUAGCGAAGAUGAGUUUCAAAUAAUCCACAAUUCAUUGAUGAAGUAAUAAACGCACCUCGUCCAUAUGAAAUGUAGACGCAUUUACCAUUUAAUUGGCCCCACACAGUUCCGACAAUUAAACGAGCAAGCGGCCGAUCAGUGAGCCACUUCAUUAUCGGAAAAGGCCAAUGCCAACGCCUGUCUGUCUGUCUGUCUGAUCACCAAUUGUUUGGCAGUUGAGAGUUCGGGUACAAAAGGCAAACAUCGUGAUGAAAUUCAGUUUGCGCAUCUUUCUUAUGUUCAUUGCUUGGCGCUUGUGUCCCGCAGUGCAACUCUUGCCGAACAUGGGAUACUUUAUUGUGGUGCAGCAAUUCGAGUGCGUCGUCAACGAACAAUUCAUUACCAAAGCCAGCUGCGAUGUUGUAACUCCACGCAACAGAAGCAUCAAUGCCGAACUUGUGUUGCUGCAGCCAUUCAAGGCGUUGGGCGGCUCUGUGAAAGUAUCCAUACCGAAGAAGAGAGUCUUCACACAGAUAUUUGACAUCACCUUCGAGCUGUGCAAAGUGCUGCGAGAACGAAAACGCAAAGCGCUGAUCGAUAUUAUUCACAGUCUGGCGAAUAUGGGGAGCAAACACAUUCAUUGCCCUCUUCUUGAGGGACAUUACAAGGUACAGAAUGUUACGAUAGCCGACUCAUUGCCUCCAUUGCUCACAGAGUCACCGUUCUUGUUGCAAUUCACUUGGUUCUUGCCACGUGUGGCGACUGUCAUGAAUGUCACAGUGCUUGCGCAUUUAUACGACAUCAGCAGGGAACACAAUGGGAAAAAGAAGUAUUUUUAAAAAUAAAUGAGUAAUUCUUAAGCAAAAAAACAUAUAUCAAAACAUUUUUUUUACUUUAAGUAAGAUGAAUAACUAAUAACUCUUAAUUACCACUUUAAUUAAAGCUAAGAAUGAUUUUGGAAUUAUAUUUCUUUUUAAUAUAA